AUGUGGAAGAAGUUUACACUCAACGAUAAUUACAAGUGGAUUGACCUGUUACCGGAUCUCGUGUCAAAUUACAACUCUCGGAAACACCGAACGAUCGGUAUGCGACCCGUCGACGUAACCCCUGCUGUGGCUGAAAGACUCUUGAAUACGGUGUACAGCUCGAUAAAGAUUGCUGGUCGAGCGAAAUUUAAAGUCGGUGAUUCUGUACACGUGAACAAAUUUAAGACAGUCUUUGAAAAGGGUUACACACCGAAUUGGACAACCGAAGUGUUUAAAAUUAUUAAAGUACAGCAUACCAAUCCCGUAACUUAUUUACUAGAGGAUUAUCGCGGAACAUCUAUAGUUGAAGCGUUCUACGAGCACGAGUUGCAUCGUGCGACUCACCCGAACGUAUAUCUCGUGGAGAAAGUAUUGCGCAGGAAGGGUGACAAGGUUUACGUCAAGUGGUUGGGAUUCGAUGACUCACAUAAUUCGUGGAUUUACAAAGACAAUGUCAUAAGAAUAUUUGCUUUAUUAUAA